GUUCGCCAUCACGCAGCAGCCACUGACUACCAUCUAUGCCCGGGUCCACUCGUAAGAGCAGUAUCGGUACACGAAGAGGCAUCCAGAAGUAUAUUCCUUACCGUGCGGACGAUUUCGAGCAUGGCAAGAAGACCGGCAUAGCGGUCGCGUAUGUUGACCACAAAUCCGACGAGUUUGAGCCGUUCGACAAGGUCAUUGGGCAGGCUGAUCAGCGCACGCCGCCACGAGUGCAGAAUGUGAGGAAGAAGCGCACUCCGAAGCCAAAGACGCCGGUCAUGCAGGAAGAGGAGGACGAGGAUGGCGAGAUGUCUAUGGAACUGGAGGAAAGCAUCCCGAACAGUCCCUCUGCAUACUUUGCUCACGCGCGAGUGAACGCCAUUACAUCGAGUGUCGUGCGCGUCGGCUCGUACUCCCGUCCUGUCGCACACACAUCCGACGUCGAUUUCGACAAGGUCCCUUCUCCUCGGGACUCUCCCAUAUUCUCUGCACGUAGGACAGCUAUCCACGCACGCUCCCCUGGCCCGUCGCAUCUUUCGCAGACUGCUCUUGGUCCCAUUGAUGAGGACGCUCCUAUGGACGACGGCGAUAUGGACUAUGGGGGAGGUCCGGACUUUGAUGCGGCUGGGUUCGACUCGGAUGAUGACAAUGACCUCCCCGUUGCACCGUAUCCCGACGAGCCUCAGGAACCCAUGAAGACUAAUGGCGGGCCCACUCCUCGGACAAGUUUUGCGCAGAUGGAUCAGGAGGAAGAGGAUGAAAAGCAGCAGUACGAGGACGACGAGCACAUGCCAAUGGACGUCGACUCUCCCACUAUCAGAACCCAAGAUGAGCAACUUGCCAAUGGGCAUGUAUCACAUGAGGAUAUGGACAUGGAGGAUGAUAUUGCGCAUGGCUUGGAGGAGGUUGAGCAGGGACCGGAUGAAGAGGACGUAGAGGAGGAACAACCGAAGAAGAGGGAUGGAGAAGAGAGGGGCGACGACGAUAGCAUUGAGAAACAUCAACCUGCUAACAAGAAAGCGCGCAAGGAGACGGAGAACGAGGGUGCGAAGAAGCCGCGCGGUAGGCCACGGAAGAAAGACAACGUGUUACGCGAACUCACAUACGAAGAUCACAAUGCCAACGCCAAUGGCGUGCGCCGGUCAUCACGCCUACGAAUUACACCUCUGGAGUGGUGGAGAGGCGAGAAGGUCAUUUAUGGCUCAGACGACUCUGGGGAGCCUAAGUUUGUAGCGACAAUCAAGGCGAUCCGUCGAUUGCCCAAGGAGCAGCCGAAACCGCUAGGAACGAAACAUCGCGUGAAGAAACGCAGCGCCCGAAGCAAGAGCAAGACGGUCGAGGUUGAAGUGUCGGAGAAUUUGGUGUUCAACCCGGAGGAGGGCUGGGACGACUCGACCAAGGCUGAGGGCGUCGUCAUCGACUACGAGACGGAAACCGAGGUCGAGAAGAAGGUGGCAUUUACGGCCAAAAUGAUUGCACCAAAGGCAGCGGCGAAUAACGACUUCUACUUCCAGAAAAUAUUUGGAGAAGGUGACUUUAUUGCGGCCGGUCUGCUCAUCAUUCCUCCCGACAAACAGAAGCCCACAAAGGGCACUAAGGACAACACAUUUGUAUUCUACGUCAUUGAGGGCGCAGUCAACUUCAAGGUGCACCGCACCAGCUACCUCAUCGCCACCGGAGGCAUGUUUCUGGUACCCCGAGGGAACAUGUACUUCAUCCAGAAUGUCUCAGAUCGAGAUGCACGGCUGUUCUUUGCUCAAGCGCGAAAAGUGGUGGACGAGGAGGCUCGAGAGCGGUCUCUUUCCCACAAGUCGGAAGGACUUCGCCAGCAGCUGCGGUCGUCAAGCGAGCGCGAGUUGUCUGAGGUGCCAAUCAGACGAGCCACGUCUUCCAGAGCAUGAACCUACUCUCUUCCCAUGGAAUUUCUAUGCGUUAAUAUGUUAUGCUCCUGGUUUUUUUUCCCCGUUUCAUGUAAUAAUUUUUGUGUCCGCCGUGUAUGACUAUUUGAUUAUUUCCUCGGAGGAGGAUGCUGGAAUCCGAACGCGAUGCAUGG